AUUUCCUGUGCUGCUUCCAGUGGAUCAUGGGACUGUAUGAAGGGAGGGCAUCUGGUUUAAAUGCUGUGAAAGUCCCUGCCCAUGUGACACUCCCAGAGUCAUGUGACCUGCCUUUGUUUCCGCGGCGACGCCUGUCAAUCAUUAACGUGGACUUUGUGGAUCGGUGCAGCAGUUUCGAGGCUCCUCCCACUUUGAGAUGACAUCAUGGAUCCGCCAGUUCAAGCCCCGCCCCUAAGCAGCCCUCAGCUCCAGGAGGAGUUCUUCAAAGAGCGUCAGAGGCGGUUUUGUGAUGACCACAGUGAUGACUCCUCCCCUUCCGCUCCUCUAAGCCCCGCCUCCUCCAGUCCUGGGCUGAGUCCCAGGUCCAGUCCUAACCCUGGGUCCAUUUCAGGUUUGUCCAGUCCGGCUCUCUUGGCUGAGAUGAAGUCCAGGCCUCUGUCUCUGAAGCCGGUUCCUCGGACGACGGGUCUGACCCGAGUCUUCUCUGGACGAGGAAGUGACCGAAGACCUGCCACCAAUCAGGAGCCUCCCCAGUAGUGACAUCAGCCAAUCACAACACAGCUCAGUCAGGACUGCAACAGGACUGAACCGGGACUGAACCAGGACUGAACCGGGACUGAAACGGGACUGAAGCGGGACUAAAACGGGACUGAAACUGGACUGAAGCGGGACUAAAACGGGACUGAACCGGGACUAAAACGGGACUGAAACGGGACUGAAACGGGACUGAACCGGGACUGAAACGGGACUGAACCGGGACUAAACCGGGACUGAAACGGGACUAAACCCACAUUGCUUUCUUGUAUUGAAACGUGUACAUUUUUGUAAAUAAUAAUAAUAAUAAUAAUAAUAAUAAUAAUAAUAAUAAUAAAAAAUGCUUU